AUGUCUCCACUGAGACCUCUCUGGGCUCAGAGGACUUCAGGCAAAGCCUACGAGAUCACCUACGUGAGGCUGAAGUUCCACACCAGCCGCCCCGAGAGCUUCGCCAUCUACAAGCGCAGCCGCCCCGAGGGGCCCUGGGUGCCCUUCCAGUUCUACAGCGCGUCCUGCCAGAAGACCUACGGGCGGCGGCAGCGGCAGUUCCUGCGGCCUGGGGAGGACGAGCAAGUGGCCUUCUGCACUGAUGAGUUCAGCGACAUCUCCCCGCUCAGCGGGGGCAACGUGGCCUUCUCCACCCUGGAGGGACGGCCCAGCGCCUACAAUUUUGAUGGGAGCCCCGCGCUGCAGGAGUGGGUGACUGUCACUGACCUGCUCAUCUCCUUGAACCGGCUCAACACGUUUGGGGAUGACAUCUUCAAGGACCCCAAGGUGCUGCAGUCCUACUACUAUGCCAUCUCUGACUUCUCUGUUGGUGGCAGGUGCAAAUGCAACGGCCACGCCAGCGCGUGCGUCCCGGACGAGGCCGGGCAGCUGUGCCUCUGCAAGGCCAACGUGACGGGCUGGAAGUGUGAGCGCUGCAAGGAAGGCUUCCACAGCCUCAGCGAGGGGGGCUGCAGACCCUGCACCUGUGACCCCGCGGGCAGUGUGGGCACCUGUGACCCCAACACGGGGCAUUGCACCUGCAAGGAGAGGGUGGAGGGGCACCUGUGCAACAGGUGCCAGCCAGGUUGGUUUAACCUGCAGCCUCACAACCCUGCUGGCUGCACCAGCUGCUUCUGCUAUGGCCACUCCACUGCCUGCACGGCUGCAGGUGGCUACGAGGUGACACACAUCAGCUCUGACUUCAGCCAAGGGCUGGAGGGCUGGGCUGCAGCAGCGCCGGGCACCGGGGACCUGCCCCUGCGCUGGGCUGCCGGGGAGAUCAUCACCGAGAGGCACGGGGAGGAGCCGGUGGAUUUUAUCGCACCAGAGAAGUUCCUGCAGGACCAGCGUCUCAGUUAUGGGCAGCUCCUGUCUGUGCUGCUGGGAGUGGAAGGGAACGGGAUGGGGAAGGAGACUGGGAUGCCCCUGCUCCGUGUGCAGCUGGUGCUGGAGGGUGAGGGGAUGGAGAUCACCAUGUCCAGCAGUGAGAGCCAACUCCAGCAUGGAAAGCAGGCUGUCACAUUCAGGCUGCACGAGGCAGAGGAGGGUGUUGAGCCUUUGUUGUCAGCCUUCAGCUUCCAGCGCCUGCUCUCCAACCUGACUGCCCUUCACCUCCGUGUGAGCCACGGCCCUGUGCCAGGCAGGCUGUCCCUGAGCCAGGUCCAGCUCACGUCGGCUCACCCUGGGCUGGGCUUGCAGGCAGGCUGGGUGGAGGAGUGCACGUGUCCCCCGGGCUACGCUGGGCAGUUCUGCCAGUCCUGUGCACCUGGCUUCAAGAGGGAGAUCCCCUUCGGCAACCCCUUCAGCAGCUGUGUACCCUGCACCUGCAACCAGCACGGGGACUGUCACCCCCUCACAGGGCACUGCCAGUGCUUGCACAACACAGAAGGUCCCUCCUGCGAGCGCUGCAGCCCCGGGUUUUAUGGCAACCCCUUCACAGGACAUUUUGAUGACUGCAAGCCAUGUCCCUGUCCCGGCCACUCGCCCUGCACCGAGAUGCCCGGCAGUGGGGAGGUGGUCUGCACCCAUUGCCCCCCAGGGCAGAGAGGAAAACGCUGCGAGCUGUGUGACGAUGGGUUUUUCGGGGACCCCCUGGGGCAGAGGGGUCCCGUGCGUCCCUGCGUGCCCUGCCAGUGUCACGGGAACGUGGAUCCCAACGCCGUGGGGAACUGUGACCCCGUGUCCGGCCGCUGCCUGCGCUGCCUUUACAACACCACAGGAGAGCACUGCGAGAGGUGUCAGCCGGGCUUCUAUGGGGAUGCCAUGGCUCAUGACCUUGCUGGGAAGUGUGCAGCUUGUGAUUGCAACCCCGACGGCUCAGCCCCAGGGCUGGAUGGCUGUGAUCCCAGCACAGGCCAGUGUCACUGCCUCCCACACCUGAGGGGCAGAGCCUGUGGGCUCUGCCAGCCUGGCUACUACAACCUGCAACCUGCCGUGGGGUGCAAGAGCUGCCAGUGCCACCCCACGGGGUCACGGGAGAGUGUGUGUGAUGCAGUGACAGGGCAGUGCUCCUGCCAGCCAGGUGUCACGGGGAAGCAAUGCGACCGGUGCCAACACGGCUUCUUCGGCUUCUCUGCCCGGGGCUGCCGAGCCUGCAACUGCUCCCCGCUCGGCUCCCUCACCCCGCAGUGCCAUGAGAACAGCACCUGCCUCUGCCACCCCGGCUUCAUGGGCUACAAGUGUGACCGGUGCCAGGCCAACUUCUUCCUGGACCCCCCGAGCUCCCGCUGCCAGCAGUGUCCUGCCUGCUAUGGGCUGGUGAAGGAUGAGGCUGAGCGGCUGAAGACCAGGCUGCAGGAGAUGGAGGAAUGGCUGCAGAAACCAGGCUGUGAUGCCCACCUGGGCCAGUCCACUAUGCUGGGAGAUGCACCCCGGGGAGAUGGGCUGCCCAGCCCUCACCUCUUGCAAGGUGCCCGGGCUGCCCUCUUGGUGCAGGUGGGGCAGCUGGCAGGGGCACUGGCCACUGCCCAGGGCCAUCUCAGCAAUGCCAGCUGGGCCACCGGCUGCUCCAGUCAUGGGCCCCCCAAGACCUGUGUCCUGCUGUCGGAGAUCAGGGCCGUGCUGCAGUCGACACAGCAGGAGAUUCUGGAUGCUGCAGACACCCUGACUACCAUGGAGAUUCCCCAGGAAAUCCCUCAGCAACCCACGAACUGGAGCCGUCGGGCGCUGGAGGCACGGGUGCUGGCUGAGAGGUAUGAGGAAAUGCAGCGGGCACGGGAGGAGCUGGAAGCGGGCGCGGCAGAGGCGGCAGCAGAGGCCGGGAGAGCUUUCUCUGCUGUGCAGCGGGCAAACGCCCACAUGGCCGAGAAACUCCUGCAGGUGGCUGCGCCGGGGUAUGGGGAAGGGCAGCGGGCGCGGGAGGAGCUGGAAGCGGGCGCGGCAGAGGCGGCAGCAGAGGCCGGGAGAGCUUUCUCUGCUGUGCAGCGGGCAAACGCCCACAUGGCCGAGAAACUCCUGCAGGUGGCUGCGCCGGGGCAGCUGCAGGACCGGGCUGGCUCUGCCCACAGCACGGCCACCUCUGCUGUCUCACAUGGAAAAGCCACGCUCGCCAACACAGAGUCCCUCCUGGCCAGCUUGGAAGGUAUGAGGAAGGCACUGGGACAUCGGAAGGGUCAGGCUGCCCUGAGCAGGAGGAUGACACAUGUGCGGGAGAGGGCAAUGAUGGAGGCCCAGAGAAGGAUUAAACAGGCAGAGAAGACGCUGGGAAACUCCUUGUCCAUCUCUGCCACGGCCCGGAGGAUGGCUGGAGAGGCUGAGCAAGUCUCUGGGGAGAGUGCCAAGAGGGCACAGGCUGUGCUGCAGGGGAGCAAGAAGGCCCGCAAGCACACCAGGCAACUCACCACGCGUGCCAAUGAGACCCAAAGGGAGCUCUCCCGGCAGGAGCGUGUUGCUGAGAAGCUCAGGGAGGACCUGGAGGAAGCACAUAAGGUGGGGACAGAGGUGAGUGAGAUGGCAAAAAGCCUCCAGGAAGCCCGGGGCUCACUGAUCUCGGACAUUGAGACCUUGAACGACCUGCUGAGCAGCCUAGGCAACCUGGAGCAGGUCCCGCAGGCAGAGGAGGUGCUGAGCGCCGGGCGGCUGCAGCUGGAGCGGCUGCGGCGGUGGCUGCGCCUGGGAGCGCCGGGAGCCCUGGCUGGGCAGCUCGGGCUGCUGCAGCAGGAGGCUGCCCGGCAGCGGGACAAGAUCCAGGCGUUUGAGAGCGACUUGGCCGAGAUCCGGGCUGACAAGAAAAACCUGGAGGACAUUGUGCGGAGCCUCCCCGAGGGCUGCUCGAAGUGA